CAGUUGCCAUCUUGAAUACUACGUACGUGCAUAUAUUGGAUCCUUGAGGUAAAGUAAUAAAUAAGCGACAAGUGAUUACAAACAUCAAAGAAGGAAAGGGCCUUAGAACUGCAGCGAUGGAUUACAACAACAUUAUUUGGAUAAAAGCAGAGGUAACAGACGAGAUAUCAACUGAGGCAGACUCUGCAAUUCGUGAAGCUCAAUUAGUAAACUCAAAGUCCAAGAAGAAACCAGAACUAAAUUUGGGACUAGAGGAAACCGAGAACAUUUUAUGUGUUCCUGAAUUUCAUCCUCAGAUAAUUAAGGAGGAGUGUCUUGAAGAUCCAUUAGUAAUCUCAGGGUCCCUUGGUUCUAUCAAGGAGCCUCCAGAAUUAAAUUUGGAAGCAGAAGAAAGUGAGAAUUUUGUCUUAACCUCUGCAAAUGAUUCUCUUGAUGUAUGUGACCCACUGAGUGUAACAGAUGAUGAGGAGGCAGCUUCAAAAAGAUGUGCACGAGACAGUCCACGGUCGACGAAAGUGGCAAGUGAGGCUGGUAGUUUUGUAUUUGAUGAAACAUAUCAGAGAACAACAGGUGAUAAGCUGGACAUUACUACAGAGAAAUCAGCACAUUUCGUCAGUAGUGGAACUGCAGUACAAGUGUUUCUGUCUAAGGAGGACACUGCAUUAUGUAGUAGAAAAACUAGCAACUUAAAAGAAAGUGAAAUUAAUCAAUUUAUGUGUAGUUCAUGCAAUCAAACUUUUUUGUCAAAAUUCAGUCUCAUAAUGCAUGUGUUCAUUCAUAUUGAUGGUGUGCAGCCACCUUCUCAUGUCUGUACAGCGUGUGGUGAAGUAUUUGAAACACGUGAUAGCUUGAGCAAACAUUCUGUUGUGCAAAGAAGCAUUAGUCACGUAGAAAGUCAUCAACAUAGCACAGUUUCUAAUGAAUAUGAUAGUUUCAUGUGCUGUGAGGUGGUAAGUAGUGGCAAUAAAUUACAGAAAUGUGGUACUUCCAGUAAACCUAUCAAUAAAACAGAUGGUCACAUACCAUACACUUCUGAUAUUUGUGAGGAAUCAUCUAGUCAGCCUGGACAUCUCAAGAGCACUUCAGUAAUAAGUACUGGUAAAAGACCACACAAAUGUGAGAUUUGUGGUAAAUGUUUUUGCGAUUCCAGCAGUCUCAACAAGCACUCCUUAAUACAUGGUGCGGAUAGACCACAUAAAUGUGACGUUUGUGGGAUAGCAUUUACUCGAGUUGGUCAUCUCACGGAGCAUUCACGAAUACAUACUGGGGAGAGACCACACGUAUGUGUGGUUUGUGGGAAAUCCUUUGCUGUGAUGGGCAAUUUCAAUAAGCAUAUCUUACUACAUACUGGCGAAAAACCACAUAAAUGUGACAUUUGUGGUAUGUCAUUUACUCAUUCUAGCAAUCUCAAAGUUCAUUCGCUCAUACAUACUGACAAAAGGCCACACAAAUGUGAGUUUUGUGAUAAAUCGUUUACUACACCUGGCAGGCUCAAGGUGCACGUUAUUAUGCAUACUGGUAUGGGAUCACACAAAUGUGACGUUUGUGGAAAGUGCUUUACUCAGUUUGGUAGCCUCGAGGCGCAUAGAGUGAAACACACUGGCCAGAGACGACACAUGUGUGACGUUUGUGGCAAAUCAUUUGCUAGCCGUGGGAAUCUCAAUGUACAUGCAUUAAUUCACAAUGGCGUAAAACGAUACAAAUGUGACGUCUGUGGGAAAUCCUUUUAUCGGUCUGGUGGUCUGAAGGCGCAUGUAUUAGUGCAUACUGGCGAGAGACCGUAUAAAUGUGAUUCCUGUGGGAAAGCGUUUACCGAGUCUGGUAAUUUGAAGAGACAUGUAUUGAUACAUACAGGCGAGCGACCUUUCAAAUGUGAUGUUUGUGGAAAAGCAUUUACUCAGUCUGGUAGUCUCAAGGCCCAUGCAGUAACACAUAUUGAUCAUAAAACAAAUAUCCAGUAAUGUGAGGUAUAAUUAGGAGUUAUUGUUAAGCCUAGGAGACCGAUUCAAGAGGAAAUAAAUUUUACAAAAAUAUUUGACCAUCUUAAUAUAAGAUGAUGAAAGCAAUAAAUGGAAGACAGCUGCAGUGAUACGUUUCUUACAGGUUAAGCUAGGCCUGUAUGUCAGCAGACAUAUGAGAAUAGCUAAAGAAGUGUGAUGUUGAGAGCAAAUGCUCUGUUAUGGCUGUUAAUGUAUUUUGGAAAGUAUUUCUGCACUUUCUUACAGGAUGAGAUAUCAGAUGGUUGUCAAGUAUAUUUUACUGGAGGUGUCUAAAAACCAAAGACAGAUGUAUGGGGGAUUAAAUUUUCAUAGAUGUAUAUGUAUAUUUUUGCAUGUGGAGAUGUAAAUUGACCUUUUUUUUUUUUUUUUUUU